GAGGUCAAAGGUUAAACGGGUGAUUCAAAGUCAGUGGGAAGCAGAGGACCGCACGCAGAUUAUACCCUACUCACUCACAGUUUGUUCGGCCAGGUCUUCGUCUAUCACCAUGAUAUCUUCACACUUUUAUGUUCACCUUGUCCUUCUAGUCGUCUGUGCCCAACUCUGCUUAACUGGAGCUGGCAAAUAUUCGAAAGAGAAGAACGAUUUUCACCCGAAGGAGAAGCGAGAUCGUGAGUUUCGCUCGGCAAAGGUGCAGGCCGCAUGGGAGAAGGCACAGAAGCUUGUGUCUGAGGCCAAGCUGGCCGAGCUCCACAGUGACCUGAAGUUACACGAGAUGGAAGAGUUCAAGUGGAAGAAACUGAAGGCAGAGGGGGGAGACCAGGAUGGAGAGAAGGAGGCAAACCUGAGAGAAAAUCUUCUUAAACUGAUGUCCAAGUAUGGGAUAGAUGGAGGCAAGUAUGAGCAAAUGAGAUCUAGAAAUGAUGUGGAGAUGAAUAUGAGGCAUGCCAAGGAUGCAGCCAGGGAGUUCACAGACCACAGGAUCAAGAAAAUCUGGAUGAAGGCGCAGAAGGCUGGAUUCUCCCCUGAGGAGUUGGAAGACUUAAGAACAGAACUGAAGCAUCACCAGGAGAAGGUUGAAGAAUAUCAAAUGAUGGCCAACGAGAUACCAGACUACAAAGAAAACACCAUUGAAGGAAGGGACAAGAAUGUAGAGUUGAAGCAGAAGUUUAGGGAACUCCGAGACGAUCUCGGCAAGCUGGAUCUAAAGAUAUCUUCUGGGUAUAAUGAUGAGAUGGACUUCAAAGAACCCAAAGUCAAGGAACUCUGGGCAGCCGCACUGAGGGGCAACUUCACGGAUGAUGAGCUUAAGUCUAUCAAGGAGGAACUCAGUCAUUUCCAGAAGAAGAUGGACAAACAUUCCCACUACAAGCAGGCUCUGGUGGCAUCUCAGCAGCAGAAGGAAGAUGUUGGGAAGGAACAGUUUCCACAGGAAAAGCAGGCACGACACGCCGACCUUCUGGACAAAGUUAAGGAUAUAGGAUACAAGGUCAAGAAACACUACAAAGACCUUCAUUACCGAAUCAACAAGGAGCUGCCGAUUGAUGAGCUGUGAGGAAGGGUACCUCAACAGCAAUGCUGCUACAGGCUGAAGAACUUGGGACAGAUAUUCUAUUGGCAAUACAAAAAUUAGACAUCUCAUAAUUUCCUUUAUAGGUCAUCAUGAAACACUAGAGAGAUCUUCGGUGCCAAAUGACUAUGGGACAACUAAUUGCCGAGCUGUGAUAAAAUUCUAUCCAUUACUAAAUAGCUCAGACUUGCGCUUGACAUUACAUCAAUGAGAAAAAAAGGAUUUAUAAAAUGAAAGGGUCUUUUACUGUCUCUCUGUUCUUCUGAUGUCAAAGAACAGCCAUAAAAAUGUAACAAGGAGCUGAAAUUGUGUUUAAAAACAAAUGUUACCAUGUAUAUAUGAUUGAGAAGUCCAUUCAGCACAAAUGUUGGAAAACUUAGAUUUGAUCAUCUUAAAGGAAAAUGAGAAAUUCAUGAUGUAAUUCAUGAUGCUAAUCAUUAAAAAACAAUGGACCAAGGGAAAUUUUGGCACUGGUUUCUCACAGCCUUAUCACAUAAGUAGUCCAGAAUGUACAAUCAAUAUCCACAGAGUAUCUUUUUAAAGGACAAUAAACAAGCUUUAAUUUCCAAUGAUACAUAAUGCAAUUGAUUAAGUAUUCACAGAAAUAUGAUCAGCUGAAAUCAACUUUUUGAACACACUGUUUUGAUCUAAAACAACUGAAGGAGCUUACAAGGGUAGAUAUAGAACUGUCAUAUAGAACUGUCAUUUACAUCUGUAACCAUUUUAGGAUAGUUAGAAAAAUUGAUUAUUGUGUCAUCAUUGAAUAAGCAUGAGUCAAAAGUCUAUUGGCAGAGUUUAUGGUGUUAUUUUUAAUGCAGUAUAGCCUGCAAUGCAUGACAUUGUGUUAUUAUUUUUAUUACCCACUUCAGUAAUCAACUCAAGGCAUGAUUCAGGACUGAUUAUCAUGAUACUAAAUUUUGUUACUGAAGACUAAAAGGGCUGUGUACUGAUACAGCGGUAAUGACAUUCACUUAAGUGUUCUUAUUUGAAUCUCUCAUGCACAUUGAAGAUACAGUCAAACCUGUCUAUAGUGGCCACACAAAGGACAAGAAAUGUGGCCACUAUAGAGAAAAUGCUGAUCAACUGACCAUGAGCAAUAAGUUACACAAGGUUUCAGUACCCACUGAUCUGACCGACAAAAAGUGACCGCAAUGGCCAGGUGACAGCUAAUAUUUGAUACAGGUUUGACUGUAUUAUCAAAGUAUGCAGUUUUUGGUCUGAGUAAAUUCUACUUUGUCACAAAUGAAAUAAAAGAUAACAAAGACUCUUCAAUUUUUUUUUAAACAAAUGGCUAGUAGAGAUAUUCUUAUUGACACAGGUGUUAUCAAAGAUAGAAAUGUUUGUAGUGUGUUAAACUUUAAAGACUGUUUUUGGUAUAGGUACUGUUCUGGACCUUAAUCUCUGGACUUUAAUUCACCUGUACUGUGACAUGAUUUAAGAUUUUCUGUAACCCUAGUUCACCUUUAUCCCCAGGGUACCAUAUAUCCAUUUGUUUUUAAAUAGGGUAUUUACUUGUGAUAUCAAGUUGACAGAUGGUGGUUUCAAACUGCAAUAUUUUCAUAAUAUUGUAAUUCAAAUCCACAGUGCUGAUUUGAUAUCCCUUAAUACCAGUUCUUAAUAAAAACAAGAGAUCUAGGUUACCCAGAUAAAGGUGAACUAUAGUUACCAGUACACAGCCUUAUGGAGGAACUAUUGUUGAAGAUUUGACCAAUUGUAUUCAAGAUGUUGGAAUGAUAACUGCUUUCAUUCCACUAUCAAUGUAAGUGUCAGCUGUCUAUGAUGUACAUGAUGAUAGUUGUGUUGAUUCCUUGGAUAGUAACAAAUGUCAUUUGCCAUUCCA